AUGCUUCCUUAAGCAAAUAUACAAUUAAUAAACAAAUAGCUUUGUUCAGAAAAUUUUGAAUUGAAAUUGAAAUUAGGGAAUCUCAAGUAUAUUAAUAAUGAGCUUAUUUAGAUUAGAAUUAGAGAGAUAGGUACUUUUAUCAAAGGAAGGUUAAGAAUGGAAAGAUAAAUAUGAAUAAUUAUAUAAAUAAAAUUAAUCAUUAGAUCAAGAGAAGAAAUAAUUAUAAGAUGAAAUAACGAAGUUGAACGAUUAGAUAAAGAAUACAGAAUAUAGGUAUUUAAAUUUAUAAUAGAAUUAGUGUAUAAUAAUAAUUAGAAAAAACAAGAGAUUUAAAUAAUUAUGAAUAAAUUAAAAAUAAUGCAAUAAUUGUUUAAAAGCAUAACUUAGAUUUAUAAAGAGAAUUAGAACAAUAUAGAUAGAAAUAAUUGUUUAAAAUAAACGUAAAUAAUUGAUAAAUUAAUAGUCGAAAAUUACAAAUGAUAAUACUAAAUAAUAUUAUUCGAUUAUUUUAGAAUGGGAUAAUAAUAUAAAAAAUUUAUAAUUAACAUAUAGAUAAGUAAAUGAUAGUUUAAUAUUUGAUGGUUAUGGAGAGAGAGAAGAUUAAAAAAUAGUUUAUCAAUAGAUACAUCAUUUAGAGAAAAAGACUCUUAAAUAAAAUUAGAAACCAUUGAUAUCAUUGAAAUAAUCAUAGAUGAGAUUGAUUUUUGAAGUUUGA